UGUGUGAAGUUAGCACCUGGAGUGAAACUAGCAACAAGUGUUCUAGAAAGUUCCUUGUGGGGUUGUUCUCAAGGGUUGUUUCCCCGUGGUUGCAUUUAGUUUUUUUGGGGGCAAAAAUCCUCAUCAAUGUGUGAAUUUGCGUCCCCAAUUUGUCAGUUGGUAACCGUGUGAAGUUAUCCGUUUGUGUCAACAUGGCGUCUACCCUUUCGUAGUGUUGUGUUCGACGCGUCUUUCUCUCAAAACGAUGCAUUGAGCGCGUUGUGCCCCCUUGUGGAGUGUUUACCGUAAAAAUGUCGGAAAUCGUGUACCCCGCGGGCUGCCGGCCCAUCAGCGACGACUUGGGCCCCGACGAGCUGAUCCGCCGCUUGAAGACCCUCGCGCACACGUUGCAAGCGAUGGGACAGGACGAGGGGGCCUACCAGCAGUACAUCCCUCUCGCCCUGCACCUGGCCGAGGAGCAGUUCCUGUCGCACCCGUCCCGCGACGUCCAACUCCUAAUCGCGUGCUGCAUCGCCGAUGUUUUGCGGGUGUACGCCCCCGACGCCCCCUACAAGGACGCCGACCAAGUCAAAACCAUCUUCCUCUUCCUCAUCACGCAGUUGUCGGGCCUCAAGGACCCCAAAGACGCCGCCUUCAAGCGCUAUUUCUACCUUUUGGAGAAUCUCGCCUAUGUGAAAUCCUUCAAUAUGUGCUUCGAAUUGGAGGAUUGUCAGGAGAUUUUCUGUGCUUUAUUCCAUUUAAUGUUCAAGAUUGUCAAUGACGAGCAUUCGGGGCGCGUCAAGAGUUUCAUGUUGGACGUCCUGUGCCCCCUUAUCACCGAAAGCGACAUGGUCAGUAACGACCUCCUUGAUAUCAUCCUAAUGAACAUAGUAGAACCCAAUAAAACACAGCGGAAAAACGCCUAUCUCCUCGCGAAGGAACUAAUCGUGAAGACAUCUGAUACUCUGGAGCCCUACAUUCAAGCUUUUUUCAAUCAUGUCCUAAUUCUGGGGAAGGAAGACAAGAAUUUGCAGAUUUGUGGCAAAGUCUACGACUUGAUCUAUGAAUUGAAUCAUAUUUGUCCGCAGAUUUUGGUGGCGGUGCUUCCGCAACUCGAAUGCAAGCUCAAGAGCCCCCUUGAGGCCGAGCGUUUGGGGGCUGUGGCCCUGCUAGCGCGCAUGUUUAGCGAGAAGGAUUCGGAGUUGGCGCGUCGUCAUGGCUCACUCUGGCGGGCGUUUUUGGGGCGUUUUAACGAUAUUUCACUGCAAAUUCGCACGAAAUGUGUUCAAUACUCGAUGCAUUUCCUCCUCAAUCACCCCGAUUUGAGGAAAGACAUCACCGACACCCUCAAAAUGCGUCAACACGACUCGGAGGAGAAUGUGCGUUAUGAGGUGGUGAUGGCGAUCGUGACGACGGCGCGUCACGACUUCCAAGUGGUCUCCGAUUCGGAGGAUCUUCUCGAGUUUGUCAAAGAGCGUACACUUGAUAAGAAGUUUAAGAUUCGUAAGGAGGCUAUGACGGGGCUUGCCUCGAUUUAUAGGAAGCAUUUGAGUGAUCCAGAUGUGCCGAAUGCCACGAAGAAGGCUGUUACGUGGAUUAAGGAUAAGAUUCUUCAUGGGUAUUAUAUGGCCGGGAUGGAGGAUCGCCUCCUGGUGGAGCGUUUGUUGAAUACGUGUCUGGUGCCGUAUCAAUUACCACCAGCUGAAAGAAUGAAAAAGUUGUAUCAUUUAUUGGGUACGGUUGAUGAGCAUGCAACUAAGGCGUUUAUGGAGUUGCAAAAGAAUCAAUUGUGUGUGAGGAAGUUGGUGUUGGAGUGGUUGGAGUUGCAUAGGAGGCCGGCGAGUGCUGAAGUGCAGAAGGAGAUGGCCUUGAAAGUGCAAGCAUUGUCGAGAUGUCUACCCGAGCCGGUGAAGGCACACGAAUUCCUUACGAAAUUCAGCGCUCAUUUGAAACGCGAUAGCGCCCUUUUGGAAACAAUGGAAACGGUAGCCCGACCAUCAGUCAGUUGUCACGAAUGUUCAGAAGCCACCGCUGCAGUCCUCAAAAAACUCGGCCAACCAGUGAUGACAAAUCUCUAUUACAACACUGUUAAAAAACUCCUCGAACGCAUCAGUUCGGUGAUGAUCGAUCACGAAGCAAUCAAACUUCUCGUCGGCUAUGUGGAGGAUUGUCUCAAAGGGGGCAACACCAUCGACGAAGUCGGUCUUCAUCCAGCGACAGCUGGUGAUCGUGGAUUGAAACUCCUAGUGAUGUUGAGUGUGGUAUUCCCCUGUCAUUUUCAAUACGCCGAUGUUUUGGAACAAUUAAUGGAAUUAUUGAAAUUGGAGGAUGAAAAUGUGGCACCAUUGGUGUUGUCCGUUUUCACAUUCUUGGGAAAAUACCGAUGUUUAUACGAGCAAUUUCCCGAUUUGAUGGACGCUUUAGCCCCCAUUUGCAAGAAUUUGGCCCAAACAGGAACACCGAAACAAGCCAAGGGGGCGAUUCAUUGUAUUUAUAAAAAUAUGCCAGCGCUACAUGAACACCUCUUCCCCGAUAUUUUGAAUAGUGUUAAGGAGAAUUUAGCCCCCACGUCGCCCCAUUACAGGACUGCGAUUGUUACAUUAGGUCAUAUAGCGUUCAAUGUACCUGAACGUUACAAAGUCCAGAUUAAAAAUAUCGUCUCGAGAAAGAUUGUUAAAGAAUUGUUAGUGAAGGAAGUGGGUGAACGGGAUAUUGAUAUGUCCGAUUCGGAGUUGUGGUGUCCCGAAGAGGAGCUUCCCGAAGAGACACGAUGCAAAAUCGAGGGGCUUAAAGCCAUGGCUCGAUGGCUUUUAGGUCUGAAACAAGAUACAGCUUCGGCACAGAAAACUUUUCGAAUGUUGAAUGCGUUUAUUUUACAUAAAGGGGAUUUGUUACAAUCGGGGAAAUUGUUAAAGUGUGAAAUGUCAUGGUUGAGAUUGGCUGCAGGUUGCGCCAUGUUGAAAGUUUGCGAACAGAAAGGUGUCGGUGAUCAGUAUACAGCCGAACAGUUUUAUAAUCUUUCACAGUUGAUGGUCGAUGAGGUGAAGCAAGUUAGGGAGAUUUUUGCCGCCAAGUUGCAUAAAGGGUUGAGUAAAGGUCUCCCGAACAAAUGCCUGCCGUUGGACUUUAUGGGGUACUACGCCCUCGCAGGUCGCGAGACCGAAUCUCGAUUACGUACAUCUAUCAAAAACUACAUGGUGGCCGAUAUAAAUCGACGUCGAGAUUAUGUUAAAACAUUGACAAUGGGUGCAGGCCAAGCCGACAAAGCUAUGAGUCAACUGCCUUUUAUCCUCCCCGACUAUAUGUUAGUCUUCGCAGUGCCGAUUUUGGCCCAUGAUCCGGCAUUGAGUCGCUGGGACGACGUCCAAGACUUAAUCAGAGCCAAACAAUGUUUGUGGUUCAUUCUCGAACCAUUGGUGACAAAAAGCGACUAUUUUAGUUACGGAUUUUACAAAAGUCUCAUCGAAAGGAUGAAAAAUCACAAAGAUGCCGUUCGACCGGACGACGACAGUAUAAAUUAUAAAAUUUGGGCGUUGUGUGACCUCGCCUCGGGGCUAUUAUUGACAAAAACGACGAAUUAUGACUUGAAAGAUUUCCCGACAGAGACCCGAAUUCCGACGAUGUAUUUCGCCCCACAGCCCGAUUUUGUCAAUACUCGGGUGUUUCUCCCACCCGAAUUGCAGUACCAACCUAACAAAAAGACCAAUAUUACGUUGUCGAUGUUAAAUGCGGAGAAACAAGCGAAGAAAAGUAAGGUAAAGAGCAAAGUGGAAGGAUGUGGACCGUUGGGGACGGACGUGCAGCUUACGUUUACUGGUGGGAUUGAUGCCCAGCCGUCGGAGGCGUCCGAGACGAAGAUCCAGUUGCCGGGCUUGGAGGAGGAUAUUGAUGAGCCCCCCGUGAAGAAGAUGAGGGAGAGGAUAAAACUGGAUGUGGACAAGUGAGUGAGGUGUAAAUAGUGUGCGAUGGAUCUCCUCCGGAAACAAUGCUUGAUUUACUUAGUCUUUGUGUUUUGUGACUAGUUUUUACCACCUUCCAACACACGUUUUGUUCUUUUAUUUUUAGAUUUAUGUUAAGGUUAGCUUUUUACGUGAAAUUCACACAACAGUUUUAGUGUUAGAGAGAGAGAAGAGUUAUUUUUGUAAGCUGGUGUGAGACCAUUCCAGGUGCAGUUGGCAGGCCUGAGUCAGGUCUUGGGUGUUUCAAUGCUUCGUUCCGUUUCUAGCUGUAGCAAGGUGUAAAAACUUAUCCGGAUUUUGAAUCACAACUUUGUAAUUUGCCCAAUACAUAAGAUUGAUAGAAAGUGGUUGUUUAUUUUUUUGGUAUACAUUUUCUACUAAAUACGUUGUACUAAACUGUGUUACAAUUCAAUAAACAUUGUCUACAAUUCAUUUUA